UUCUUUUACACCUCUCUUCUUCUUCCUCCUCCGCACGCACACCUCUCUUCUUCUUCCUCUGCAUGCACACCUCUAUUCUUCUUUCUUCUCCUUAUGCGCACCUCUCUUCCGGGGAGACUGAUCCCAUGGAUUCCCCAUCGUGCAGUAUAAACCAUUGGUGUGUUUAUCAUCUGCCUAAAUGUUAUUACCAUUUACGGGUUUGGGGGUGUGGACAUUGAGUGACUGACCCAUAACCCAUAACCCAUAACCCAUAACCCAUAUUAUUAUUACACACUAUUUUCGGGUUUGGAAUUGGAACGCAGUAGUUUGUUUUGCACUGCGAAUUGCAAUCGCUUCGACUCCAUCACCAUUCAUUUCGUCGCUCGUAGUCAUCAUGGGUUUCUCAAAGGAACAACUUCUGGCGUGCUUGAAGGAGCUUCAGAUUCCAUUUUCCUAGUAUGAGCAUCCAGUUGUUCUGACCGUUGACGCUCAGGCUCAAUAUGUUGGACACUUAGGGGGUGGGCUGAGCAAGAACUUGUUUCUCAAGGACAAGAAAAACAGGUUGUAUGUUGUUUCUGCUUUAGCUAGUACCAAAGUAGAUCUCAAAGCCUCUUCCAUUGUUUUGCACCUCUUCGUUUGGCGACAACCGCAAGUGCGCCGUUUCCACUUUCCAAAUCUUUAGGCUCUGCGAAAGUCAAUGGUGGAUAUUGAGGGCACAGAAGGCUACAAGCCUUCCGCAGAAUAUGUGGAAGACAGCAACGAAGCACUCAUUAACUUGACUGACUCAACCGAGCUUUUGCUUCUUAAGCUGCCUUUCUCCAAUGAUUUUUUAUCUGACAUACAUGGGCAGAAAUUGUUUCUCACACUUCAGAAUAAUGGUAAACUAGCCAUCUUCGAGGGUUCAUCAGGUAAAGUAUAUGAUUUUGUAAGCUUUGCUGCUCAAGAGCCAGACGAAACGGUUUUUGUUUCCUCUACUGAACCAAAAAUAGCAAAGAUUUCGAUGCGAGUUUCCACUGUCCAUUACCCUGAUCCUAAAGAACUUGAAAAGCUCAAUUCAACCAAUAAAAGACACGCCCAUCGAAAUUCUUCUGGAGUCACAGGGACAACUUCAUCUCGGUAUUUUCCUAUGCAAAGUGGUGGACAUGCAGCUUCAUCAAAAGGUAGCAGACAGAAAAGCUCUUUAUCUGAAGUUGGUGAGCCAUCAAGUAUUUCAAAAAGAAGCCACGUGUCUAAAACUAAGUCCAAAUCUAUUGUGUCUGAGGUUUCACAUGGUCACAGCACUGGCAUUUCCUCUAUGUCCCCAGAUCAUUCUCAUGAAAGAAAAUCAAAGAAAAGAAAACAUAAGGAAUAAUGUUUUCUACACUCGCUAUUGGCUUAUUUUCAGUGUAAUAUUUAAAGGUUACAUGCAUUUCUCAGGCCUUUAAAUAUGUCCCGAAAGAAUAGUUCUUGACUUUAAUAUUGCAGAAGGAUGAUAAAAUUUAAAUGCUUGCAUUCUCUUUGUCUCUAAAUUUUUUUUUUGUUUUUUGUAAAUUUUCAUCUGGUUCAGUUUGACAAUGUUCACUGAUGUAAGGACCCCUAGUGUUAAAUUUUCAUUUUUGUAAUGCUCACUGGCAUUUACUCUGAAUAUUUGGAAGGAAAGUUUUGUCAUCCAGUCUUACCUAUUAUUCAUACCAAAUUGUAGCACCUUUUAUAUUUU